GUAUUUGUCAGAGGGACUGCAGAGCUGCAAGCAAGACAUGUUUCUGUCUAAAGACGAAAAAUAAAGUUUAUCAAGACUUUCUCAGCAGAGUGUCCGCUCAACACCGUGUGUAGAUAUGGCCACUGCCAGCAGUGAAGAUCAGUUUCAGUGCUCCAUCUGUCUGGAUGUGUUCACUGAUCCUGUCACUACAUCAUGUGGACACAACUUCUGCAAAAACUGCAUCACUCAACACUGGGAUACUGAAAACCAAUAUCUGUGUCCGAUGUGUAAAAAGGUUUUUAGAACAAGACCUGAGCUGCGAGUCAACACUUUCAUCUCUGAGAUGGUCGCUCAGUUCAGACAGUCAGCUCAACAGAAAGCCAGCAGCAGCAGCUUACAGCAACAAGUGUCCAAACCAGGAGAAGUUCCCUGUGACGUCUGCACUGGAACCAAACUACAGGCCCUGAAGUCCUGCCUGGUGUGUCUGGCCUCCUACUGUGAGACUCACCUGGAGCCUCAUCUGACAAUGUCAGGCCUGAAAAGACAUCAGCUGAUCGACCCUGCGGAGAACAUGGAAGACAGGAUGUGUAUGAAGCACAAUAAACCUCUGGAGCUGUUCUGUAAGACCGACCAGACAUGUGUCUGCAUGCUCUGCACUGUUUUAGACCACAAGACACAUGAUGUUGUUCCUCUGAAAGAAGCUUGUGGAGAAAAGAUGGCAGAGCUGGGGAAGACAGAGGCAAAAAUUCAGCAGAUGAUCCAGAAGAGACAACAGAAGAUUCAGGAGAUUGAACGGCCAGUCGACCUCAGUGAGGAAAAUGCAAAUAGAGAGAUAGCAGAAGGUGUUCAGAUCUUCACUGCUCUGAUAGAGUGUGCUCAGCGAAAACUGAAUGAACUCAUGGACACAAUUCAAGUGAAGCACAGAACAACAGAAAAUCAGGCCAAGGCUUUUACCAAAGAGCUGAAACAGGAAAUUUCUGAGUUGAUGAAGAGAAGCACUGAGGUGGAGCAGCUCUCACGCUCUGAAGACCACCUCCAUCUUCUCCAAAGCAUCCAGUCCUUGAACAUUGCUCCACCCACCAAGGACUGGACAGAGAUCAAUAUCCAUCCUCUUUCAUAUAAGGGGACUGUGGUGAGAGCUGUGUCUCAGCUGGAGCAGACACUCAGUAAACAGAUGAAGAAGCUGCUUGAAGCUGAGCUGAAGAGGGUCCAGCCGUAUGCAGUGGAUGUGACUCUUGAUCCUGAUACAGCACAUCCUGAACUUAUACUGUCUGAUGAUGGAAAACAAGUGAAUCAUGAUAAUGUGAAGAAAAAUCUCCCAGACAACCCAGAGAGAUUUUCUACCGGUCUUUGUGUCUUAGGAAAGCAGAGUUUCUCUUCAGGCAGAUUUUACUUUGAGGUUCAAGUUCAAGAAAAGACUGGAUGGGAUUUAGGAGUGGUCGAAGAGUCGAUCAACAGGAAGGGACUGGUCACACUGAGCCCUGAGGAUGGUUACUGGACCAUAUGGUUGAGGAAUGGAACUGAGUACAAAGCUCUCGAUGAUCUUGAUGUUCGUCUCUCUCUGAGGUCUCGGCCUCAGAAGGUGGGGGUGUUUGUGGAUUAUGAGGAGGGUGUUGUCUCCUUUUAUGACGUAGAUGUUGCAGCUCUUAUCUACUCCUUUACUGGCUGCUCCUUCACUGAGAAACUCUUCCCAUACUUCAACCCAGGUCUGAAUGAGGGUGGUAAAAACUCUGCACCUCUGAUCAUCCCUUGUGUAAAUCACACUAAAUAGAUUUAAAGCUUUAGUAUCGACAAAAAGAUUCAGUAUUAUGCUAUGUAACAAACAUGGGUGUGGACUACUGUCACAAAACUUGCACUCAAGCUCAAGUUAUGAGUUUAUUUCAUACUCAGCUUGACAAAAUUUGCUCAAAUGUCUCAUGACUUUUCUUGGAAAUGAGCCUUCUGUGUUCAUAAACUUCCCCUUUCCAAAAAGAGGAAGAUUCUUAGACAGUCCAACAGCACAAGACAGAUGGGAGACAUUCAUUUUUCAACCUGCUGACAAACUUGGGGCCAGUGGCACUUUUAAAUGAACUGUAACUCCGUGGCACGAUUUGUUAUGAUAAUUUAUGUAAACCUCAGCCUGUUACUUGCAUUGUCUGUUUUCAAAAUAUACUUCUGUUUUCACAGGAAAUGUACAGUUUGCAUACAGUUUCUUUCAAAAUAAACGCGCUGGGUCAGUUCAACACCACACAUUGAUGUUUUUUUCCUUCAACAACAUGGUUACAUGUUGCCAACACACCUGGUUGGGUUUAAGAAAAAAGAAUAUAGUUUGGCUUUACAUUCAUACGAAAAGUGAACACCUGCCUCCUAGGUGAAAGUCGGUGGUUGUUGGACUAACCCGCCGCCACUCCCACCAGCCCCACUCAGACUUGCGCCGCUUUAACUUUUGUUGGUGUCAUGCCAUUUUUCCCUCUGAUGCCACCAGACACCGGCAACCAACCGCAUAUCAUGCCGAUGUGAAAGGAUGGCUUUUUUCAUGAUGCCAGAAGUCACUGACCAAGCACUAGUUAGUGACUGCGGAGUGAGACCAGGCUGUUCAUACAGAGUUACCUUGGAUUUGUGAACAAAACUUGUUUUUCGAGCCCAGUCCCACUCCAAAGUCAUUGAAAUCCGAUGCUUGGGCAGUGACUUGCAGCAUCAGAAAAAGGCUUCCUUUAACAUCAGUUAAGCCAGUUGUAGUGGGACAAGGACGAAAGCUAAGGCGACGAAGGUCUGACUGAGGCGGACAGAAGGGUUGGUGGAUGGGUCAAACAAACACUGACUUUCACCUGAGAGAGCGGUGUUCACAUCCUGUAACUACAUGUUUUUGUUGUUGAAGGAAAACAAACGUCAAUUCACACUGUUGUACGGACAUAGUGCAUUUAUUUGGAAAGAGACUGCCCGAGCCCUACCCGACCCAGCCAAUCACCAAAUCCGGUCCAACCUCUUGGGCUUUUUUAGGACCCGUCAGACUCUGGUUGAAAUUAAGAACUCUAUCAUUGAAUAAAGUCAAAAAGUCAUUGUCGAUAUGACUUGAUUCAACAUCAUGUACAACAUGACUUUUAUACUCUAUUUUAGUUUACUCAUGAACUAAAUGUAUUCUAAUGUGUCCAAUACUGACAUUCCCAUCAGCCUCAGCUGGAUUUUGUAUGUAUUGCUAGCUAGCAAAUGUCAGCAUGCUAACAUGCUAAAGUAAGAUGCUAACAUCAACAUGUAUGCAUUAUAGCAUGUUGAUGUUAGCAUUUAGCUCGUUGACUGCUCACUGAAGCUCCACAAUAACUUCUAAAUAUACACUGACUUCUCCAGUCAUAAAAGACCCACCAGUAAGACCUCUGUUACAAAUCACAUGCAAACAAACUGUCUACACAUGAAUAUCAAAAUGUACAGUACAUGCAAACUUUUACUUGACCCCACAUUAUGGUAAAAUUCAAUUUAUAAACCCUGUCUGCUAAUUUGUUUUAAAUGUAUUGAUUUGAGUUGUCAGUCUGUAAGAUGAAAAGAGUCUGGAACCUCUGCCGACUCUUAGAAGUUUAACAAGUUGGUAAUUCUGUCUGACAUCAGGCAACGGAUUUCCUGUUAAUAUCCGAGAUUUAUUUUUUGUGUCUUAUUUUCUACAUAACGUUACAAGAUGUGUACUUUAUACUUAUAAGAAGAGAAACAGUAAAGGAAAACAAAAAGACUCACUGUGUUGAUUUUGUACUUUCACCUGUAAGUUUUUACAUAUAAUAAAAGAGAUGUCUGUAAAAAUCAAUCCGUCUUAUUCAGUUUUAAUGACUGUGUAUAAAAUCUUUUUAGACAAAGGCCCAAAGAUGGCUUCCAUUUCUGUAACUGUCAGUGGGCACAGAGAGCUGCAGAGGAAGGGAAAGUAA